AUGGGGCCAGAGGCUGCACCAGUAUGGAUGCCUUACUUUGCUUCCUCACUGAGGGAACAAGGGGUGAUACCGGGUAGUGAGCGAUGCCAUGACAUUGAGCAUGCAAAUGCAACUGUUAAGAGCUCAGUUAGUGGCAGAACGAAAUUUGGUUUAAGAUUGUUAAAGCGUCAUCCGAAAAUUGAAAAGGGAGAGGGAAAGAUGUCGGAAGAGACGCGAUGCCAGCUUGAAAGGUUGCAGAAAGAGAACAAACAACUAUCAGAGAUGGUGGCUGUUUAUUCUAGAGACUUGCAAGAGUAUCUGGAGGCCUUGGAGACACCAAGUAACGCAAGCGAGGAGAUCAUGGGACAAGUUUCUCUCAUGCUAAGAGAGUGA